CAGCUAACGGCAUUCCUGGAAGCUCGGGCAGAGUCCACGGAACGGCGCGGACUCGAGCAUGGCCGAUAAACGGAACGCGGACGACGCCCAGGCCCAGAGGCUCCCCGAUUCCUUCAAGGACAGCCCCAAGGCAAGCCUUGGGCCUUGUGGGUGGAUUUUGGUGGCUGCCUCGUUUCUAUUCACACUUAUAACUUUCCCAAUAUCGAUAUGGAUGUGCAUAAAGAUUAUAAAAGAGUAUGAAAGAGCCAUCAUCUUUAGAUUGGGUCGCAUUUUACAAGGAGGAGCCAAAGGACCCGGCUUGUUUUUCAUCCUGCCAUGCACUGACAGCUUCAUCAAGGUGGACAUGAGGACCAUCUCAUUCGACAUUCCUCCUCAGGAGGUCCUCACUAAGGACUCAGUGACGAUCAGUGUGGAUGGUGUGGUCUAUUACCGUGUUCAGAAUGCAACCCUGGCUGUGUCAAAUAUUACCAAUGCAGACUCGGCAACCCGUCUUCUGGCACAAACCACUCUCAGGAACGUCCUGGGCACCAAGAACCUUUCUCAGAUUCUCUCUGACAGAGAAGAGAUUGCACACAACAUGCAGAGUACUCUGGAUGAUGCCACUGAUGACUGGGGAAUAAAGGUGGAGCGCGUGGAGAUUAAGGACGUGAAGCUCCCAGUGCAGCUCCAGAGAGCAAUGGCUGCAGAGGCUGAAGCAUCCCGGGAGGCCAGAGCCAAGGUUAUUGCAGCUGAGGGGGAAAUGAAUGCCUCCAGGGCUCUGAAAGAAGCCUCUAUGGUUAUCACCGAGUCUCCUGCCGCCCUUCAGCUCCGAUACCUUCAGACGCUGACCACCAUUGCUGCUGAGAAGAACUCAACAAUUGUCUUCCCUCUACCCAUAGAUAUGUUACAAGGCAUCAUGGGGGCAAAACACUGAGCUGUUACUGGUGUAGAGUUGACCCUUCCAAGGAUGAAGUAGGGACCAAAUUCAGCGCUCAGAGAAAAUUGGCAGAAACAUUAACUAUCCUCCCUCCCUUUCCCUUUCUUUAUGGGGCUCUUAGAACUUGUAGAUGAAAGAAUUGCUUUGGGGCUGGGGGGUAACUCAGCGGUAGAGCUCUUACCUAGCAUGCUCAAGGCUCUGGGUCUGAUCCUUACCACCAAAAAGAAAAAAAAAAAAAAAGAGAGAGAGAGAGAUGGAGAAUUGUUACCUUAUAAAUCUUGAGAGAGAGACUGAUUACUUAUAUAAGAUAACCUCUUGCUUUAAAAUAUUUAAGUUUGGAUUUUUAUUCUGCAAUGGGUUAAAUCCUUCUGCAUCUGAGUCAUUUUGAGCUUUCUAUAAACAUAGCCUAAGACUGCCACUCCAGUCUCACCCUCCCAUACCCACCCACCCCCACUCCCACCCCCACCCCCCGCAGCUGAUAAAUGUGGCACAGAAAGUGACCUUGUACUUCAACCAGUGUCUUUGAGCCAUCUGUGCCUUACUUUCAUGGUGUCUUAAUUGAUGGCAUUCCCUAGCAUCCAUUUACACUCUACUCCCAAACUGUUUCAAAAUAAUCCUUAUAGGAGGUUAUAGGCCAUUUCUUGCCUGAACCUGCCAGAGAUAGAGGAAAUGGUCAAGGUCAAUGCAAAGAUUGGCCUAACCCUUCAGAGACAUACUAUACUAUGAUGGUGGUCCUUUUGAAAAUAAUAGGCACCAUUUUGAAAGCUUCCUUGAGCCUCUUAGUAAAAUGAUUAAGUGAUUCUUCUGAGGUCUGCCUUCAAACCAGCUAAAUACACUUGUCCCAAAGUGCUUUUUCUCACUUUUACCUCUCUUCACAGAUCAGGUUUUCAAAUUUUUGAUUUUUUAAAAUAAAAUUUCUCUAAAUUCUUUAUAAUUGUUAUAUGCCCAUUUUAAUACUUAAGUACUAAAUGCUUUUUUACAUCCAUUGUAUUUUUUAAUCCAAUACAUUUGCUCUGCAUGUUAGUAACACUGUGAGAUGCUUUGAUGAGUGAUGCUACUUACUGAGUAGUCCACGACAUUCAUGAUGUCUUGAGCAUGAAAUGUCUGACAAUGUUGGUCCAGUGCUGCCUACUUCAUCCCCAUCUACAUAGAUGUAGAACUUUUUGUUUGCCUGGUUGUUCUUUCUGCCAUGUAUGUUGAUACAGGAAAGAGGAAGUGGUCAGCCCCUUAGUCUGUAAUAUUAGGAGGCACCUUCCGUUCUGCAAAUGCCUGGCUUCCUUCCUACUGGCCUGGAAAGCUGGCUGGUGACAUUUGCAGUGCUUCUUUGAGGCUCAUAGCUUACCUGGAAAAGCAAAAAUAUCAGCCUCCUUUCCCAGCACCACUGUUCACAUCUGCCCUCAGCCAAAUCACUGUCAGUUUCACCUGUGGAGGUCCCUUCCCUUGCACGUUUCCAGGCUUGUUUCAGAAAGCUGUGAGCUACCAUCUAUCCCGGUUCCACCUGAGUUUGUUAGAGCUGUGUAUUUCAUUUAAGGACUCAACUUGCAUUUAUGUUUUGAACUUAAAAUUAUAUUUAUAUCUUGACCUUGCAUUUUGCACCUAAAAUAAUGUUAUCAUUUGUUUUGUGGAUUUGCUCACCCUUUACCAUGAGGGUCAGGAAACCCCAUGCCCUGGUGAAAGUCCCUUCUCAGAAGUCAAAUAGCUGCUUUGGGGUCUGUGAGUUUCACCCCCAGACAUCAAACAGCCCUUGCUUCUGAUCUUGUGAAUUCACAGGUUCCUAGGUUAGUCACUCAGGAGGGGCACAGAAAGGAGCUCCAGGGUAGGGGUGCUGCUGUACGGAUUUCCACGUGACCUCCUCUUCCAACCAUGUCCAAUAAAGAUGUGCACUCUGAUUUA